CAAGCCGUUUGCAAACUAGCAAAGAGAAUCGUGCCGACUAUCGACCGCGACGUGUACGUCUGUCUCGGCAACUGGAACCAGCACAAGGGAGUUUCGGGCUACAUGAACGCGCCCAUCAAGCGCCUCACCGCUGAGCUCUCUCGCCGCGCAACGCUCAUAUCCGUGGAUGAGUUUCGCACCAGCCGUCUGUGCUCGGACUGCUUCCCACCAAUGGCGAAGCCAUCGAGGAACGUGCGGUUGUGCGGCGCGUUGUGCUGGGAACGCGACGUCAAUGCGGCCAAGAAUAUGUGGCAACUA